AUGUUCAAAACGCUGCGCCGUCUGCAUGGCCACAAUCUGGAGCAUCAGGGACUCAACGAUAUUUCGGAAGCAUUCCAGAAUUUCGUCACACGUGCCCGAUUUUUCAGUAUCGGUCGAUUAAGACGUACGUGGUCACAUUCGGCGGUUGAGUUUUUGAAAUACAGACGCCUACUGCCGAUGCUUACAUCUGGUGGAGAUGCAGUGGAUGACCAGAUUGACUAUAAUGCAAAAUCCUUUGAAGUUUUCGGCGACCUGAAUUUGGAGAUGCCCACAUCUUCGUCACCAGCAGAUGGAGGAGCAGAAGCAAAUGCACCAGUAGCAGCAGUAGCAGCACCAAUUUCAUCCUCCCGGCCUCGUCGUGACUCUUCGCUUCGAGCAUCAAAGAAGGAAGAUCGGAGAAUUAUGGUUACGAAUGUUUCUUCGCGUGUUACAGCGAAUCAGCUCAAAUCAUUCUUCUCAAAAUUCGGCCCUGUUUCAAGUUGUCAUAUCCCGUCGGAAGAACGCCGCCAUACGCUAUAUGCAACGCUGCCAAAGAAAACCCGCUCAAACUUAACAGCUUAUAUCACAUUUAAGUAA